UAGCAUACGCCGAUUUGUCAUUGAGUGUUUCAUGAUGACGUCACAGACUGCACCAUUAUUUCGCCAUUCUUCAAGGACAAGAAGACCACCAACACGUGACGUGUUAUCGAUGAGAGAACUACGAGCAAUACCAAGGCGGGGAAGAAAAACUCCUCAAGAUACUUUUGAACCGCCAAAGACUGACAGAGAAUGGUGGAGAGUUACACUGAAGGAAACGCCAGUUCCGGGAACAUAUGAAUUUCGAGAUUUUCUAGAAGAUAAAGAACUAAAUAAAAUCAAAGCGACUUACAAUUUCAAGGGCGAAGGACGAAAAAAGCAGUGGGGAGUUGUUAAAAAUGGGCGAGUUUUACUCCCGGGUGCAUACGAGUAUCAGGAUUUCGUUUAUAAUCUCGAAAAACUUCCAUUGACGUACACCUUCAAAGAUUCCGGUAGAGCACGUAAUUUGCCCGGGAUCAAAGAUAAACACGUGAACGCCGCACCAUGGCAGUACGAGACAGUGCGAAAGCCAGUUGAAAAGAAACCCAUAUGGCACGGAUCCUUCAAAUCACAGUCUCCACGAUUCCCAGCAAAGUAUUUUGUACCGAAAGAAGGUCCUCCUCCUGGCUAUUACGACCCCGCUAACCAAGAAACUAAGUGUCAAAUAUCAUCAAGUUUCGUAUCAAGAACGCCGAGAUUUUCUACAUCUCAAACGAAAGUUCCAGGACCGGGUUCGUAUGCUUCGACUUAUCAAACUCCGCAGACGAGUACGUUGAUCAAGAUGGGUCGAAUGCACGGAUUGUUUUUCAGAAACGCUUUUGAAAUAUAAACGGGACUUCUGCAGGAAACAUAAAGAAGGACAGUGAUA